AUUGUUUGGUGAAAGUAGUUCUGCUGAUAUCGUCACCAUUAACUUGAGUCUUCCACAUAUUAUUUGUACUACUGAUCAUUAUUCUCUGUGUAAUAUUUACAACAUAGAUGAGACAGGUUUGUUUUACUCUAUAGCACCUGAUUGUACAAUCAUGUCCUGUCAAGUUGAAGGGUCAAAAAAAGACAAGUUGCAAGGCAUGAGGUGGGCGAAAAUUGCCUGGAAUGAAGUAACUGUUGAGACAAUUAAAAAUUGCUGGGCCUAUACAAAAAUUAUAUCAUCUCAUGAUGAAUCCGGAAUGUCUAUCGUCUCUAAAAGUGGAAAUGUAAGUAUGAAAGAAAAUUUAGUGGAAGAAAAUAUUGAAUGUGUAGAAGAAAACUUAAAUAAAGAGUUAAUUGAUGAUCUUCAGCGCCAAAUAGUUGCACUACAUGUUCGUACUCCAAUAUCAGUCAAAAAUUGGUUAAAUCCUGAAGGUGAAGAGGAUAUGCAUCAACAAUUUAUAGACGAUGACUUUGUUCAAAGUGCAAUUGAAGUAGAACAAAAGGAAGAGAAAGAAGUUGUAGAACCAUCUCUGACCCCAAAAGAAAAUUAG